GGACGUUUCGUUUGAUGGAAUAGAAAGUGAUUAACAUUGGCUACCAAUUUAUCGUUCGUUACGCUACAUCACGUGACAUUUCGUACGCUUAUGUCAAUCCCAUACAUUGUCUUUCUAUUCCAUUGGCGAUAUCGCUAACAAAAAGACACGUUGGCUAGGCCCUCUGUUCACUAGGUAGUCGCAUAGUGUAUGAUCUAUGUCUGUGAGUAUAAUGUUCUGUGGUCUGUGGCGAAAGAGUUUUGUUUAUCCAAAAUGAACUAUUUAUGCAAUAAAAUAAAGAAUUAUUACGGCCUUUUCAAAUAUAAUCUGAUGCUUAGCAAGUGAAGUUUCAUAUAACUAUUCAGAAUGGCUACGAGUAAUUUAAAAUUAUUGUGUGGCGUUUUGAGUAGAAUGAGGAUUGAUAAUGUAAUUAUACGAUCAAAUGCUAAUUAUAAACCUAAAUAUCGUCCACCGUACUGGUAUAUGCCCAAAGAAAGAGUGCUGAGUGAAGAUCUAUUAACUCAAGAAAACCGUCAGUUUCUUGAGGAAGUUAUGCAGGAUAGACUUAGCGCACAAGCUGAUAUAGAGUCUCCUUUAGCACAAGUCAAUGUUGAGAAAUCUGGUCAGUGGACUCCUCAAACCAGGAGAGUUGGAGUCAUUGCCCGAAAAAUAGGCAAUUACCCUCUAUGCUCAAAAGAAGGAAAAAAAAAUGCAUACCACAUUAUUACAGGUUGUCGAUAACCAUGUAAUAAAGUACAUUCCUCCAGAAGAAUUCAAACCGAUGAAGACUACAGAAGUAAUGUGGAAAGAAAAACGACGAUCAGGCUGCCUGCUCGUUGGAUCAGAGACCGUAGGUCCUAAUCAACAAUCAAUCUAUCAACUUCGAUCACUGGUAAUAAGUAUCAACGCAGGACAUAUUUAUAUGCAGAUAGGUGUCUAAACAAGUACUUAUUUACUACACAAAAUUGCGUUAAAUCUGUCCGCAAAAUCUCGGAAAUUGUGAAUAUUUACGGUUUUUUUUAAAGAUUGCUUAUGUAAUGUUAAAUAACAUUAAGUGCACGAUUUUCAAAUUUGAGUAAUGUGUCUUUUCUACUUACAUGAAUAGUUGAAUAUCAAUAAUAAAUACACUGUAAAUAUUGUAAUUUACAAACUAUUAUACUUAUUGCAAUCCAGAAAAAGUACCCGUUAUCUAAAUUGUAAUAUUAAUGUUACUCAAUCGAAAAAUUGAACUUUAGUAAAGUUUCCCGUGUUAUUUUUAAAUUUUGUGGUUUAAUUUUUUUGGCUUCCCGAUUUCGUCAAAUGAUAUACUUCCUUACCAAUACACCUAUACUUUUUUCAAGUUAUCAUUUGAAUAAGUUUAAAUACCUAUCAAUUAUUUAAUCUCUCAGCAACGACCACUGGUAAUAAGUAUCAACGCAGGACAUAUUUAGGUGCAGAUAGGGGUUUAUACCAUUACUUAUUAACUACACAAAUUUGCAUUAAAUCUGCAAAUGUCAGUAAAAUCUCAGAAAUUGUGGAUAUUUAAGGUUUAUUUUAGGUCAAAUAACAUUAAGUGCAUGUGUUCCUUUGAGUAAUGUGUCUUUUCUACUUAUAUAAAUAGUUGAAUGUCAAAAAUACACUGUGCUGUCAUGUAAAAAUUGUAAUAUGCAAAUUUUUAUAGUUAUUACAAUCAAGAAAAAGUACCCGUUACCUAAAUUGUAACAUUAAUUUUUAUUCAGUCGGAAAAUUGAACUUAUAGUAAAUUUUUACCAUGUCAUUUUUAAAUUUUGCUGUCUAAAUUUAUUGGCUUGCCGAUUUUCUCAAACAAUACCUCCUUACCAAUACACCUGUAUUAUUAAGUUAUCAUUUGAAUAAGUUUAAAUAUAAAUUAUUUAAUUUCUGAACUCCGAUCACUGGUAAUAAGUAUCAACGCAGGAUUUAUUUAUACGCAGAUAGGGGUUUAUACCAGUACUUAUUUGCUACACUAAAUUUUGUGAAAUCUGCAAAUGUCAGUAAAAUCUCAUAAAUUGUGAAUGUUUAAGGUUUUUUAAGAUUGCUCGUAUAAUGUCAAAUAACAUUAAGUGCAUGUAUUUCAAAUUUAAGUAAUGUGUCUUUCCUGUAAAUAGUUGAAUAUCAAAAAUUCACUGCUGGCCAGUAAACAUUGUAAUUUGCAAAUUAUUAUAGUUAUUGCAAUCAAGGAAAAGUACCCGUUAUCUAAAUUGUAAUAUUAAUUUUUACUCAAUCCAAAAAUUGAACUUUAAUAAAUAUUUCCCAUGUCAGUUUUAAUUUUGCUACAUAAUUUUUUUGGCUUGCUGAUUUUUUCAAAAUGUAAACCUUCUUACCAAUACACCUAUAUU